GCGCGGAGCGGAGUGGCUGGACUUGGGGGCUGCGUUUGGGUACCCCCAUCGCCUCCCCCCACCCGACCCCUCCCGGAGUUUGCUCGGCCGACCGGGGCAGCGCUCGGGGCCUCCCCCCGCCCCAGACAGCCUCCCCCUUCCCCCCUCCCUCGGGGCGUCCCCCGCCGCGGGCGCCCCGCGCUGCAGACCCACCCCCAACCUACCCCGACCAUGGGCAGCCAGAGCUCGAAAGCUCCCCGGGGCGACGUGAGCGCCGACGAGGCAGCCCCAGCCAAGGCCAACGGACAGGAGAACGGCCAUGUGAAGAGCAACGGAGACGUGCCCCCCAAGGCCGAGGCCGAGGCCGCCCCCCCGGGCCUCGCCGAGCCUACCGACGCGGCCAGGGCCGCCGGCGACGCCAUCGAACCCACGAGCCCCGCAGCGCCCAGCGAGGCCAAGGCCGAGGGGCCGCCCAAGGAGACGCCCAAGAAGAAGAAGAAAUUCUCCUUCAAGAAGCCCUUUAAGCUGAGCGGCCUGUCCUUCAAACGGAACCGGAAGGAGGCGGGGGGCGACUCAGCGGGCUCCUCGCCCACCGAGGAAGGGGCACCGGAGGCCGAGGCGCCAGGCAGCCAGGCGCCCCUGCAGGGGGCCGAGGAGGAGGCUGCGGCCGAUGGCACGGCCCCGGCCCAGGGGGCUCAGGCCGACGACAGAAAGUUGGAGGAGCCGGCUCCCCAGGCCGCCGAGGGGGCCCCGGCCCCGGAGCAGAGCCCCACGCCGGCCCCCGACAGCGAGCAGAAGGAGUAGCCCCCCCCCCCUCCCCGGGGCGGGUGGGCAUCUCCUGAAUUCAAAGACUGUGCUCCCCCCCAUCCGGGCUGGGUCAGUGCCCUCCUCCCGAGCCCAGCGUAGACCAGGCAGCUGAGACCUUCAGGCAGAGCUGUUCUCCCCCCAGGACCCCUGUGGACUGUCUUCCCCUCGUCCCUGCCCCCUCCAUCCCGCCUGCUCUGCAGUUCCCUGUUAGCUUAGUGGAGUGAGAUGCUCAGCCCAGCUCCAGGCCCUGCUCCUGCCCCUUUCACUGGUGAGCCCCAAUCUUUCUUCCCCAGCAGGUUUGGUUCUUCUCGAGGCCGAGGCCCAAGCCGGCUGCCAGCCAUCUCCUCUAGGCCUGGCCUUUGUGGACCGGGGUUCAUUCAGAGGAUUGUUUGCCGGACCCUGCUGGCCCCACUGCCCGGGAGGGAAGCUAACCUGGUUGGGUUUUUAUAAAUGUCUUGCUCAGUCUCAGACUCCAGCUUUGUGCGCCUGCUGUGUGUUCCUUUUGACUUUGUAGGGGAGCUGAAUGGUUCUGGGGGGAGGGGGAUCUGUAUAAUGUGAAGCAACUUGUUUUGUCUCCUUUUUCUUCAUUUGUAAAUAAUUUUUAAUGGCCAAAACUAAACUUGUGACUUUUUCUAACUGCUAAAACCAACCUCCCAUCUGGGUUUUAACUGUAACAUUUGGAAAAGGAAUAAAUGUCAGGCCCUGUUGUGAUGA